AUGGCGCUCCUCUCCUCCGCCAUUCUGGCCCUGUCGCUAUUCGGAACAAUAACGCAAGCAUGGCCUCAGCUACCAACAGACGACGGCGACUUCACCUCGCUGACGACCCUCCCGACCAUCCCCUACACGACGCAAGAUAGCAUCGACGUCGCCCCGCGCGGGCUGUCCCUCCCCGCCGACGAGGACGCCGAGGCCGGCAUGGUGAUGACGCUGCCGGUGACCUCGGGGCCGAGGAGGAAGCGGCGCACGCGCUCGCGGCGCAAGAUCCUGCUCGACGACAUGCUCGACGACGACGACCUCGAAGCCGCCCUGCCCGAGGCGCCCCCGCAGCGGCUCAAGCCUCCGGUCUCGAUGCGCGGCCUGCUGCCCGUCGACGACGACCAGGUCGACGUGAACGGCGCCUUCGUCACGCUGCCCGUCAUCCACUCCACCAAGCGCGGCGUCUUCAGCCGGCAGGUCGAGGCGAAGCUUGCCAACCGGUCUGACGUGGCUUACUAUGCCCAACUCAACAUCGGCACACCACCCCAGGCAGUGUAUGCCCAGCUCGACACGGGCUCCUUCGAGCUCUGGGUGAACCCGGACUGCACCGUCCUGGCCGCCGCGGACCAGCGCUUCUGCGAGGCCGUCGGCUUCUACGACUCGGCCCGCUCGUCGACGGCCGUGUCGAUGCAGACGUCCAAGACGCUCCGCUACGGCAUCGGCGCCGCCAACAUCACCUACGUCCGCGACAGCCUCGCCCUCGCCGGCUCCCGCUCGACGAUGCGCCAGGUCCAGUUCGGCGUCGCCACCAGCUCCGAGGACCAGUUCGCCGGCAUCCUCGGCAUCGGCUACGGCGAGGGCGUCAACACGCGCUACAAGAACCUUGUCGACGAGCUCGCCGCCCAGGGCGUCACCCGCACCCGCGCCUUCAGCCUCGGCCUCGGCUCCAAGGACGAGCAGGAGGGCGCCAUCAUCUUCGGCGGCAUCGACACGUCCAAGUUCUCGGGCGCCCUCGCCCGUCUGCCCAUCGUCCCGGCCGGCCAGGCCCCGGACGGCGUCGCCCGGUAUUGGGUGACGAUGAACUCCCUCAGCCUGACGCCCCCGAGCCGCCGCACCCGCGUGUACCCCAACAGCAGGAUGCCCGUCUUCCUCGACAGCGGCGCCACCCUGACGCUGCUGCCGGAGGGGCUCGCCAACAUGAUCGCCGCCGACUUCGGCUCGCCCGGCGUCGACGCCAACGGCUUCUACCCGGUCUCGUGCACCCUCGUCGGCCUCAACGGCACCGUCGACUUCGACUUUGACGGCAUGAAGAUCAGGGUCCCCUACAAGGAGAUGAUCCGCGAGCUGCGCACGACGCCGCCGGCCUGCUACCUGGGCAUCGUGCCGAGCUCGGACUUUACGCUGCUGGGCGAUACCUUUCUGCGCUCUGCGUAUGCCGUGUUCGACCUCGACACCAACGCCGCCUACUUGGCGCAGUACAGCAACUGCGGCACGAGGACGAUGCCUAUUAGCCGGCCGGAAGACAUCGCGGCCAUCCGGGGACUGUGUCCCGAUCCCGCCGGGGCCGUGGCCCCGCCGCCGGCCACCAACGGCACCACCGCUCCGCCGGCCUCCGGAUCCGGUCUGGGUUCCGGUCUGGGUUCCGGCCCGGGUGCGGGCUCAACCCUCCCUACUGGCCCCGCGCCGGAUAUGUCGGGGGUCCCAGCGGCAGGCACGGUAUCUCUGGCAUCCGCCACAAACCCCAGCAUGCUUGCCGUUAUCUCGACGCUGGUGUCGGCAGCGAUGUUUCUGUAG